AUGGGUAACUGUGGAGCUUGCUGCGGAAAAGCAGAUACAAAUGAGAUAGUGACUGAAAAACAGCAAAAACAAAAGGGAGUUAGCAGUGGCAACGAGAUGACUAAUGACCUCAAGAGAAAAGAAAAGUACUAUUAACUAGUUGCAAUUAACUUAUAUUAUAGAAAUAGAAAUGAUGAUUAGAUGGGAAGAGACAUUAACGAUCAGUUCAACAAUUAGGACUUGGAAAUCAAUAAUGAAAAUUACAAUAACCCUAAAGUGAUGGACAUUAUGAGGGAACUGCCAGGUUUCGAAUGGGGAACUCCAUCUGAUGACGGAAUUAAAAGAAUAAAAAGACCAAUUUUAUUGCUUGAAAACGGAGCUAAAUACGAGGGUGAAUGGAUUGCUGACUCAGACAUCAGAGAUGGAAAGGGUAUUCAAAUUUGGUUAGAUGGAUCUCGCUACGAAGGAUACUGGAAAAAUAAUAAAGCAAACGGAAGAGGUAGAUUAAUUCAUGCUGAUGGAGAUGUCUACGAGGGUGAAUGGAAAGAUGACAAGGCCCAUGGUCAAGGAGUGUACACUCAUGUUGAUGGCUCCAGAUAUGAAGGUCAAUGGCUUGAAGAUAAACAACACGGAUUUGGUGUUGAGAGAUGGCCAGAUGGUGCAUCUUACGAGGGACAAUACUCUCAGGGUAAAAAGCACGGUAGAGGCAAAUUUACGUGGGCUGAUGCCAGUACUUUCACUGGUGACUUCCAAGACAACAACAUUCACGGAAGCGGAAUUUAUGAAUGGGCUGACGGAAGAAUUUACACUGGUGAUUGGAAAAAUAACAAGAUGGAAGGUCAUGGUACUUUUACUUGGCCUGAUGGCAGAAAGUAUGUAGGUCAAUACAUCGAUGAUAUGAAGCAAGGCCAAGGUACUUUUGAAUGGCCUGAUGGAAGAAAAUAUAUUGGAAACUGGGACAAGGGUAAAUAACAUGGAAAGGGUAUUUAUGUGAAUGUCAAAGGAGAAGAAAAGCAUGGUGAAUGGGAACAUGGAAAGAGAAUUAGAUGGAUUGAGAACUGA